AUGGAGAAGCACACGAAAAAGUCUGAGCGAGAAUCAAGUACUCGCGAAAAAGUUAUUGAUUCUGAAGCAAAUCUCAGAAGCCAGCAAAAAGAGUCUUACUUGACAAAGUCUACUAUCCAUGGCCUUUCAAAGAUUGAGGAAUCAAAACACUGGAGUCUGAAACUUCUGUGGAGUUUAGCAAUUCUGGCUCUUUUUGUUGGAAGCGUCACCAACAUUGUGUUCCUUGUGGCGGAAUUCCUUGAAUUCCAAACAUAUGUGCUUGUGGAGGAGCAUACAAACGAUACUGCAAAGUUCCCCAGUGUCACUAUUUGUAAUUUGAACUGCUACCAAAAAAGCAAAUUCAACAGUCUUGUCACUGAUAUGGAAAGACGUUUUCAAAGUUUCUUAAACAAGAGUAUGGAGAGAAAAAAGGUGUUAAGUAUGUUGAAACAUCCUGGUUUUUUUAAUUUUAUGAUCCAUUCCAACAUAACAUUGACGAAAGCCACGCAGUUCGCUUCAGAUAAGCUUUUCCUCGAUGGUAUCGAAGAUUGGUGUAGAUUUGGGUCUUUUCAAGAUUGCAAUCGAAGCGACUUCACAGAUAGUUUUCUGAGCCAUCAUUCUGGCUUCUGUAAGACUUUCAAUGUCAAUGGCAAUGGCAAGUUUACCCAGACUCUAUCCGGAGUAUAUGGAGGACUCAACUUAGUACUUUAUGUAAAUCAAGAUGACUAUAUGGAGUUAGUACCUUAUGAUAAUGCAGCAGGCGUUUUAGUUAUGGUACAUCCACAGGAUGUGUUCCCAUGCCCAAACAAUGACAGGUUUGUCGUCCAACCAGGGACUCAGACGCUGAUAUCAAUAGAGCAAAAGUUCAUAUUUCGCAAGGAAAAGCCGUACACAUCUAAAUGUGUUAAUAGGGAGGGAGACCCAGUGUACCCAGGCCGUUAUGGUGUCAAUAACUGCUUGCAGUCUAACUGCUUGCAGUCUUGCCAUCACCUUAAACUUUAUGAGAGAUGUGGCAUUAUCGCCAACUCGGCACUUUAUCAUUUAAGUCGAAGAGGUAAAAAGUUACCCAAUCCGCCGAAAAACGUUUCAGGAGAUGCUGGUACUUGCUUGCUGGAAUUUUAUGGAGAUUUAUCUUCUAAAAAAGGAACGUGUGAUUGUCCCUUACCGUGCUAUGAAGAAACCUUCAAACUCACUGGAACCAGCUCUCGAUGGCCCACUAACGUAGACAUGCAGUAUUACAGACCAGUUUUGUCUAAGGUAUUGAAUCGAACCAAUGUAUCAGAAGAUUUCAUACGCUCCAAUUUUUUGCAGUUGAACGUUUACUUCAAAUCUUUCAGCUACCAGAAAGCUAUGGAGGCGCCAGCAAUGAAUUUUUUCUCAUUGGUUGCUGGUAUCGGCGGGUCACUCGGGCUUUUCAUUGGUGCCUCAUUCUUCUCUAUCCUUGAGUUUCUGACAUUUAUCAUCACAUCUUUAUUUGGUCGUUAUCAUAGACGAAUUGGUCACCAAGGUGCGUGGUUGAGAGACAAAGGACUUACUGCGGAACAGUUCACGGGAACUCGUCGUAGCAGAGCCAUCGGAAUGGUUGAAAACUUUAAAUAAACCUCUCUAGUUUUAUUUAAAUUAUGAAUGUUAUAUUAUAUCAUAUGAUAUCGUAUGGUAUUAUAUAUAUUAUAUAAUAUAA